GUGUGGCUAUGUCCCUUCCUAGCAGAUUUUCCAGAGGACUUCAAUAGCCAGGGCUGUCUUGUGACCACUUCUAGCAGCUGGGGAUUCUGGGAUGGUGAGGACAUUAACUAAGGCACAUUACAGGGCAAAAUGAUGGAGGAAGACAACAGCAGCUUGUGCUCAGAUGGCUCUCCCCCACCCUCCAGAGCCGCAGCUCCUGAAAUUAAUUUCUCUCCUCUCUCUCCCCUCUCAUGCUUUUGGCUAGGUGAGAAGCCUGGGAAUGAGCUGGAGGAGGUGAAGCUACAGAAUGCCAGCAAGCAGAUUGUGCAGAAUGCCAUCCUGCAAGCCGUGCAGCAAGUCUCCCAGGAGAGCCUGCGGAGGGACAGACCCAGGGACAGCCGGCCCCGGGGCCAGCUGGGAGGGCGAGAGCUGACCAAGAAGCAUGAAAAGAAGUAACAGGGGUUGGGUCUGGCUCUUGUCACAUGCUUGGUUUCUGCCUUUCCUGUUAGCCUAGGACGUGUCACCAAAAUGCUGCCAAUAAGCAGACCAAAGUGUCACGGAUGCCUACCAGUAGGAUGAGUUCACACUGGUCUUUGCGACAAACUAUGGUUUGCAAACCUGCGUUAGAGACUCUUCAUAUCUAUGGGAGACUCUGGAAGCAGCUGAGCCAGACAUGGCACCCACACUGCAGAAGUCAUUUUGUAACACAACCUAUUUUCCAAGCUCUUUAAAAAAAAAAAGAAUUCUACAUCUUGUUUAUUAAUGCAUUCUCUCUAUGAAUUCUACCAGCAGUCUUUAUUGCCCUUCUGAAUCACUGAGUGCAGUUCUGUGUUCUUCAUAAAUAUUAAAAGGUACACGAGAAAGGUGAAAGGAUGGAGUUUUAGCCCUGUUCAAAUGCAGACUUGAUGGCUUUUACGAGGAGAGUUCGGGUUCAAGGUCAAACUGAGCAGAGCAGCUUCUGAGACCCAGCCCUGUACUAGAGCUUAUGUUUAUAUUAUUCCAAGAAAGGGAUGUGUUUAUGCCUUGUGAGAACUCAGUCUUUUUAACUCUGUUCUCUGAGUCGUUCACAGUUGGUGUUUACCUUCUGUGCCGAGAUCCGGUGGGGACAGUACGGAUAUCUUUUCUUAACUCAAGAUUAAAAGUGAUGACUGAGUCUGCACACAUGAGUUUCGGAUGACUCAGUUCUUUGGCAGUCUAAAGGGAACAGCGCAUACUCUGAGCCUCUAAGCUGUUUCUCUUCCUGGAUUUACCUACCCUUGAGCCUGGAGAGGGCAACCUCCUUGGCUGGGAGUCUGGGCCCUGUGACCAACAUGCUGUCACCCAGCUCUGCAUCUUCUUCACGAGUCCCUUACUGAUAGACUUUCCUUCUCCUGUGAAAAUUAUCAGCAUGACUUUUUUUUUUUUUAACAUUUUGAAAAUCAUAAGGUCAGAAAUAAGUACUAUAUAUGUGCGUGGGAAACUGUUUUGUUUUUACUUCUCCAAGGCAUGUAAACAGAAUGAGAAGUAGCAGUAGGCUGAAGGCAUUUGGAGAGAUGUGUGUGCGUGUGUGCCAACACAGCCAUCUACUCCAUUCAACUAAUAACCUCCUGCUGCUCCUGUGUGGACAACAGAUGUCUCUCUCGAGUCUUUCAGAGCCCCGUUUACUGUGCUUCAUGAAAACCACUGAGUUGGUGCUACUGGGGACAGAGGAAGAAUUCAACCUUGGUUAAAACCCUCCAGGCUAUAGAGUAUCAGGGUCUACAUUGACAUGCUUUCUAAAAGCAAAGUGUUGCUCGUGUUUUGACACCACCAAAAUUCCAAUACGCCAUGCUGUGUGUAGCUGGGAAUACUACAGAUAACAAGAAAUGGGAAAACCAUUCAUUUUCACCAUAUUAGAUUAUACUUGGUGAUGCAUAGAUGGAAAAAAUUAAUUCAGGGAGAGAAUUCAUAAGGGACAAAAGAGAGUAUUUAAAUUUAGAUAUUGUUUAUUCAUUAAUUGUUUUUUAAAGCAGAACUCAUGGUAAUUAAAGAAUGAACUUAAGUCAACCUAAAAUCAUAUGGCUGAAUUUAUGGCAAUUUUUUAGCAUGGCAAUGAGAAUAAGUGUAUUUGGGGAAAUUACUCAGAUAAUGCCCACAAAUAAGAAACAAACCCAGUUCUUGUAGUUUGCAGGUGACCUGCCACUGUGUCUCUGCUAAGAUAUCUAACUAUAACCAACGCUGUUUUUCUGUCAAGCGGCUGAAAAGUAAAUAUGUUACCUUUCUUCUCUGGUGUGUAUGUACUAAUAAACUAGGGAUCUGGGAAAUAUUAUUGAUUUCUGUAUCUAAAUGCUAUUUAUAAAUAAAUUAUAUCUCAUUUUGAAAUAUG